CCGGGGUGAGUUUGGGCAGCUAGUGCUUGUUGUUUUUAUAGCUAACGCUGUACUUCAGCAACCAAACUGCCUGCCGCGGUGCUUCAGAUUACGCCGUCAGCUCAGCUGACUCACCAGAGGGACAUUUAGAUCAAAUAUAACUCUGGCAAACAGCUGACAGCAGAGAGCCACACUGUUGGAGCUUCUUCAAAACAGCUAGCAUCAGCUAGCGGAGCAAAGCUAGCCUGCUAGUUGCGUAGCAGCAAUGGAGUGGCUUGGUAACAGCGCUUUACUUCAUGAUGAAGAGUCGAGCAGUGACCCAGCUCCAGCAGCCAACGGCUUCAGCGGUGUUCAUACUCACCAGCAGUCACCGUUGUCGCACCGCUGUGAUUGUGCCAUAGCGUCGCUGUGUCAGGGCCGCUGUGUGAAAGCCUCCAUCGUGUCCAGCUGGAGACUGGCUGAGGCCCAGGAUCAGCUCUGCUCCCUGGGCGUCCACAGCUCAGAGUCCCUGGAGCAGGAGCGUGCUCGGACAAUGGCCUGCCCCACCGAACUCACGCACACUGAGGAGGAGUGGCGCCGCAAGGAGAGCAUGCUGGGAGGUCAGGAGCCCAGCCGCAGUCCUGUGCUCGGAGCUGCCAGGAGUUGGGACGUUUUUGAUAAGAGUAUUAUCAAUGUUCAACAUCUCCCUGAAGAUAUGGAUCAGGAAAAGUGCAAGACGUUUCUUCAAAAGUUUGACCAAGAGCUCCGACAUUUUGGUAUGUUGCACAGAUGGGAUGACAGUCAACGAUUCCUUGCAGAGAUGCCUCAGAUCAUCUGUGAGGAGACAGCAAACUACUUAAUUCUGUGGUGCAUGAGACUACAGCAAGAGGGGAAAGAAGCCCUGAUGGAGCAGGUGGCGCACCAAGCUGUCGUCAUGCGCUUCAUCCUGGAGAUGGCCUCGACCUCUCAGCAGGAUCCCAGAGGCUGCUUCAGACACUUCUUCCACAAAGCCAAAGAAGGACAAGACGUCUACUUAGAAGUCUUCCAUUCAGAGCUCGAGGCCUUCAAACAGAGAGUGAGAGAAUCCGCAGUCAGGUCCAGAUGUGAAGCACUCCAUAAUGUAGAACCACAACAAAGUGACACAAACUGCAGAGUUAAACCCAAAGAAGCCCUGGACUCUUUUCCUAUAGUGUCAGAGUAUCCCAAGAAGCGUUACAUAGAGGACGGACUGUGGACAAGCACAGGGAGGUGGACAAAGAACGACGCUGCAGAAACGGACGAUAUGCGCAUGAUGGAGACCUCCUAGGCUCCUGCUUCUCCUCCAUCUCCACCGCCUCCCCAUUUAGGAGUUUUAAAGUCCUCUAUACCCAGCAGAGCAGAGCAGGAAUAAAAGGAGACUUGAUCGGUCUUUCACACUGCAGGAAACAAUGUUUUGCCGAUAAGAAACAUUCCUCAGUGUUGUCCAUACUGUGGAGUUCCUGCAGUGUCUCAUGACGGCUAAAAGCACGUGUUGCAACAUAAUCCUGGUGGUACAGAUGGAUUUCUGAUAUCCUUUAAGCUGGUUGCAUUUUUUAUUUCUCCUGGAAAAAAAGGGAAACCUUACAUGGUAGGAAAAAACAACAAUAGAUCAUUUAAACCAGGCAAUACAAAGAAUACUAAACCACUUAUUUGGGCAGUUAGGAACCAAAUCCAAUGCCUGAAGUAGGACUCAGGUUAGUGGACUUGAAAGGAAUAUUGUAAACGCUGCUUAAAUGACAGCAUGACUGACAGAUGCUGGCUUUUUAUGAAGAUUUUCAUUUAACAGAAACAACUGAUCAUGUAGCACCAUACUGUAGCUACUGUAAAACACACAAGUCAGUUGUCAAACAAAUAUCCUUCCCGGCAAAUGUACACGUUUUCUCAAUCUAAAGUCAGUCGGUGUAACUUUGUAUAUUCGGUAAAAACAUGCUUGUGUUUGAAUGGAGUGAUGUUUGAAUCUGUAAGAAAUACAGAGAGCACAAGCGCUCCAGUUGGGCUAACCUGGGUUUGUGUUUUCUCCAGCAACUUGUUUGGCUAUAAGGAAAUGACGGUAUAGGAGUAAAUGGUUUGUUCAACAGGUCAGAUUCAUCUUACAGUGUUUGGACUCACAACUGACUUGCAUGUAUUAAGCAGCACAAAGGUCUCUCUGGCUCAUUAACAGGAGAGGAUAAAUAAUGCAAUCUGUUUCGAAGGAUAGGCAGUUUGCUGCAGAGUUGGGAGGAAUUAAGAUUGUUGGUGCAACAUUUACUUUGCUUUUGUCAAUCAUUAUUUUGUCGACAGCUGCCUCUUUGGAUUUAAGUGAAUCAAGAGUUCAAUGAUGGUAAUCUUUGACCGCUUUGCUGAGUGGCUGACACAUGAAAGUCAGGAGUUAUAACUUCUCUAAAGAUUACACUAGAGGUGGUUUUAAUGUUUAAGUUCUUCUGAAUAAACAAGUAGUUAUUUUGUUUUCUCGUGAGGCUUAAGGUGUCUUGGUAAUCAGACCUCCUCCUUGACUACAUCUUCCAUUCACAUGCAAUUUACUCAAUACACGUAAUGGCUACAAAGUCCAUUGAAUCUCAAGUCCACAUACAGCAACAGAGGUUGAUAAUAAUUGUUUACGUGGCUGACUUUGCUCUUAUUGUCCUCUUCUGUGACAUCAUAAUCCACUCUUUACAACAAUAGUCAGUUGCUUAUUUAUUUAAGCAGCUUAACAUAAUGCAGCGAUGAAUAAUGAGCUAUAGACAAUAGUGCAUGAGGAGAAUUUUCCAACUCAGCAUUUAUUACACACCGGUUUUGAUGCAAAGAGGCGAAAGUCAGGCAAAAUCUUAUAAGGAAGUUUGAGGCAAUCUUGGUCUCUAUAGUGUUAACAGCAAAAAAUAUCUUCUAUCACUACUUUUGUUUAGUUUAUACAUUUAUUUGACGAUUUAAAAUCAUAGCCUCAAAUUUGAACUGACACAGGCAAUGGUUUAGCUUACAUUUUAUCUACGAGCUUCCCUCAACGUCUGGAACAUCUCAUGUCAGUCUCCUUUUAUACCAAUGCUCUGCAGACUGGACUCAGAGGUGUGUUAAAGAUUUCUUGGAAGUACAACUAAGGAGCUGAAAGCACGUGUGUGUGUGUGUGUGUGUGGGGGGGGGUCUUUUUAAGAGACUUGUGCUGUAAGCAGAAAGGAAGUCUGCGUCUGAAUGUGUCCUGCACUUUAUAUCUGUCUGCCGUACACAGAGUUCGAGGUGGAGUGUGAAUAAUAUUCUUCCUCAUACCGUUUGGUUUUGUCGUUUUUUUUGUUGUGUUCCCAGGCUUCAGAUGAACUUGAUUUGUUUGACCUUUUGGAAGACAUUAAGAGAGCUUUUGCCAGAUUUAUCAGGCUUCCAAUAAACUGUCCCCUUCAUAAUCAUUAUUUAAGACAGCCUAAACAAGUGUGAAAAUAUGCUGACCAACACAAUCAGUGACAUUUUAGCUGCAGACUUGAGUUAAAGGUACCGUAGGAUACAUUAAAGUACAAUUCAUGUGAUUAUGACUUAAAGCUUCUGUGUGAUGCAAUGUUGCUUCUGCAGUGCGCCUGUCAUUUCAUUCUUCAUUGUUUCACAGAUCUGCACAGUGCACAUAUAAGAAGUAUCAAAUACUGUAAACAGAGGUAUUGUAAGCAGUGGAACUAAAACGAUGUGUUGUGAUCCUAAAUGUGUUUUGUUUUCUUCCUUUUUUUAGUCACAGUGACUUAUCAACUAUGCAAUAUAAUUGUAUGGCUUAAGCUGUUGUUCUGAACCUGUGGCCACUAUCUACGGUGUUUCAACAUCCUAAAUUAUUUAAAGAUUAUCACAGAAUUUGUGAGACUGACAGUAUACGAAUUUCUGUCACUAAGCUAUAAUCUGUAGGACAUCUAGUUAUACACUUCUCAAGGCUACUGUAAGAAUUGGUUUCUCUUGCUGCUGUUAACUCAAAUAUAAAACAAAGUGCUAAAUGUUUGUAUUUUGUUGUUGACUGCUACAGUUCUUUGUUAAAUCUGAUACAUUUAUUAGAUGUUGGUUGAGAGAACUAAGUAGUGAACAUUUGAUAAAUUGUGGACUUCUGUAGCUAGCACUUCAUCUGUGCUUGGAGCCGAUACUAGCAUAAGGCACCCAGAGCCAUGUGAAAGUAUGUCUUCAGUUGCAUUCUGGAUAAUGUAGGCACCAAUAAAAAUAAAAAUAAAAAACCUC